CCGCGUCCUGCGCCCAGCCACUCUUGCCGACCAACCUCCUUCCCCUCCUCCCCGUCCUUCCCUCCCCCACUCCCUGGCUCAAAGCGCACCGCCAACUGCCAUCUCGACACUCCUUACCGACGGCCGCGCGAGGCUCUCUUGUUUAUGUAUUAAUAUCGCCCAUCGCUCCGCCACUCUUUUCAGCACGCUCCUUUGCUCACCCUACCUGCCGCCUUCUUACGACCCACAAGGUCGCGACUAGCAACAGACUACCCCAAGCCCGCCCGCUCUGGAUCCCAGACUAUGCCCGAUGUCCCGUCCCUCGUCCCCAGGGACAGUUCCAGCUCCUCCAAAAUUUCUACUUCCACAAUCAUCAUCAUAGCCGUCGUCGCAGCUUCGGUCGUUGCUCUUGCAUUCGCCCUGUUCGCCUGGCGUUUCUUCGCUCGUCAGUUCCGCCGCUCCACCAUCCCCUUACCCCCUCCCCAAGACCUCGCCCACCACCGCGAGCAGCAACUCUCGUCUUUCGCCGACCGUGCCCCUCGUCCCACCACAUGGCUCGAUCCUCUUCCCUACCACCAGAAGCCGCGUGCCUACUCACACUUCCUCUCCGCCAGCGGGAGCAGCGCCUCCCUCAUCCGCAGUAGUCCCGACAUCUCAGUGAGCCGCGGUCCGACCCGCGAGAGCAGCUGGGCCGUCGACUCCCUCGAGGGCUCGCCCUUCCCGACUCCGUCCACGACCGAGGACCUCUUGCCCCCGAAUCCGGCCUUCCUGCCCGUCAGCAACAACCCGCACGCCAGCAUGGCCAGCGUUGUAAGCUCAUCCAGUGAUGGCAUCUCAGACGUCAACGCGGUGUUGGUUCCCACAUCGCCUUCAGAUGUCAGUCACUCUGUCGAGUCUUCCGCGUCAGUCAUGGUUACUCCUGCGCGCUCAAGGCCCCCGCGCGCGUCGCGCUCGCGCCAACGGCCGACAUCUGUCGUCUCGUCCUCGGGCACGAUGCACUCCGUGCAGACCUCACACUCGACUUCUGGCAACACCCUACGCGGUCCUGCCCAUUCUAUCCACAGCAACAUCCAGAUCGUACUCCCCACCCCUUUGGCUCCCCAGCUGUACGCGCCUCCGGAGGGAGUGGAGAGGUCCUACAGCUUCUACAGCGCCGCUGGAGACCGCAGAAGUAUGGCAGACCCAUGGGUCGUGGUCGGUUCCCGUCAGUCCUCAAGGCCAUCAUCCUCCAACGGCAGUCCAAGCAACUCGUAUGCCGGAUCGCGCCCGCCGUACCAGCGCUCGCGGAGCAACCUCUCUGCGACCAGUUCCACCAGCGCAGGCAACGUGCGCCGCGCGCAGUCCCAAUCCGCCGCCUUCAGCGCGGAGGACUCGCGCCCACCCGUCCCAUCCUCGGGCCAUGCGCGCUCUUCGUCCGUGCCGCAGCAGAUGGAGAUGAUGCCUCCGCCCGCGGUGCCCCCCGUGCCGUCCGUGUACAUGAGCGCGAGCUCGGACACGGUCACAGCCGCGGAUGCCUACCCCACGCCCCCGACAUCAUUCCCGGGAGACCACAUCGCGCGCGGCCGGCCGAGAGAGGCUGCGCGACCGUCCGAACCCGCGUCAGGUGCGUCUGCGACGGGGGCCGUCCCCGUGGGGCCCCCGUCCGCGUACAGCAUGCCGCUGUCAGGCUCGGGCUCGUCGGGCAAGCUGCGCAAGUCGCGCUCGAAGUCACAGACGGCGGCCGCGCGGAAGAGCGCCGUCUCGUAGCAUACGCGAGUGGCGUAAACCUUGCGUGGUCAUGGUCGAGGUCGGGGAGACUCGUUGCGAUCGUUUCCGGACAGCGCACGCGGGGUUCUCGCGCGAACGCUAGGACACAGUUAAUUUACUGUAUGAUGUUGCAUCAAGUACAUACGCGCAUAUGCGCAUGUCCUUGGGUUUGAUUGACGGGUUGCAUACCGUAGGAACCUAACACUAUUCACACGAGCGUGGGUACAGAGGGGAGGGUUACAAAGGAGAAGGAGCAAGAGCUGGGCAUCGGGGAUAGUCCAUUAGUAGAAAUUGGUCGGAAGAGAAGUCGCCGCACGAUCCGUUUGCAUUAUAGCAAACAUUAUAUCACCAACAGAUCCAGCCCAAUACUAUGCGCACGCCAUAUCAGAGCC